AGACACCAUCGACAAUGUCAAGGCGAAGAUCCAGGACAAGGAAGGUAUUCCGCCCGACCAGCAACGCCUCAUUUUCGCUGGCAAGCAGCUCGAAGACGGUCGCACCUUGAGUGAUUACAACAUCCAAAAAGAGAGCACGCUCCACCUCGUCCUCCGCCUGCGUGGCGGUAUAAUCGAACCCUCCCUGAAAGUGUUGGCCGGAAAAUACAAUUGUGACAAGCAAAUUUGCCGCAAGUGUUACGCUCGGCUCCCUCCGCGUGCAACCAAUUGCAGGAAACGCGGAUGCGGCCACAGCAGCCAGCUCCGUCCUAAAAAGAAGCUCAAGUAGUGGUUAGAAUAUGUUCCCAAUGCAUGUUUACCAACGCUCAAUUCAUACUUGCAAAUCACGA